AAAUCUAGAGAGAAUUUGCUCCCAAUUCAUUAUUCUUUCAUGGUAUCAAAGCCAAAACCCUAGCAUUUUUCUGCGACUACUGUUCACGAUCGCCCGGUAUGGCGUCCAUCGAUCGUUGCUCAGUUUUAGUCGAUUGUUGCUGUUGCCGGAUAACGAAACGGUUGACCGUUGCUCUAGAACGGUCGAGCACGUUGACCGUCCCGUCGGCAGACUGUUUGAUUGAUGCUGCUGUUGAUUCUUCCGCCACCGCCGUACGCCACUCUGCUACCGCUAUGGCCGAUGAACAACCAAGGAAGAUGGUUUUCUCCCUAUCAUCGUCUGUUUCUAGUAUGAAGCUUUCAGGUGCAUCUCUUGAUACAGGAACUACAAAUGAGACUCAACCAUCGCUGGUAAGCCAAUUUUCCUUCAGUUUUGAAGUCAACGGUCACCUACCCAUCGAUGGGUACAAGCUUCCCAUCGCUGGGUGGGAGGUUGACUUCCAAACAAGGAAAGAAUCAACCUUUAAUGACCACCAACGGUCAUGCCUUCCCAUCGAUGGUAUACCCUUACCAUCGCUGGGUUCCCAUCGAUGGGAUAGGUUUCCCAUCGCUGGGCAAGAAAAAAUGGUGUCAAGAAUGGCGGCAGAAGAAGAGGGGAAGAAGAAGAGAUUAGAAGGAGGGGAAGAAGAAGCGGCGCCGCACUGGGCGGCGGCGACGCAGAGCAAGAAAGGGAAGGGCCGCCAGAGGUUCAAGAAAAGCUUUUACUCUCAGCUCCAAGACGACGGCGCCUCCUCCGCCAUCCUCCUGCUCGCCUGCAUCGCUUGUGGCGGCCACCGCCGCCCCGUCUCCGCCGCCGCCCCCUCCUCCUCCGUCUAGGGGGGGCAGCGGUCGGAUUUCAAUCCUAUAAUGAUGGUGAACAGUACGCGUCGUUGUUACAGGGUAUUAUAGUCCAGUAUUUAUCGUGUCAUCUCAAAUUCUUAAUUACGGAGUAGUAUAAAUUUAACGAGAUGUAAAAAAAAAUUUACUCCGCAGUAAUAAUAAAGUCAUUAGUUUAAU